CCAUAGAACACGAUAAAUUUCAGAUUGUUGAGAUUCUACUUUCUCUCUCUUCUCUCCCUUUCUCUCUCUUAAUUUAAUCACAUUGCGGCUAGGGUUUUAGAGCCUCGUCACUCAUCUCUUCACUCUCUCUCCUCUUCUUCCUCUAUCCCCUUUUUUUCUCUCUUUGGAUGUGACAAUUUUUGCCUGAAAACAUCCCACCAAUCUAAAUUAUAAUUUCCCAAAUGGUAUCGAAAACAAAUUAAUUUCCCCUUUUUUUGUUCUUAAUUUUGAUUUGAUUUUCUGGGGUUUGUAGCAUUUUAUUAAUUUUUGUUAAAAACCCAAUUCAAAUCUUGAAAAAAUGGCGACUAUGAACCCUUUUGAUUUGUUGGGUGACAACGAUAACGAUGAUCCUUCGCAGCUAAUUGAAAAGGCUUCAGCUCAGCUGCAGAAGGCGGCUGCUGCGCCGAAGAAAACCCCAGCUCAGGGUGGUGCUCAAUCGCAGCAACAAAAGGCUGCGAAAUUGCCCUCCAAACCUUUGCCCCCAUCCCAAGCUGUUCGGGAGGCAAAGAAUGAGACCCAACGUGGAGGAGGCCGUGGAGGCGGUCGUGGUGGUGGUGAUCGUGGUGGACGUGGUGGUUACAAUAGAGACUACUCAAGCAAUGAAAAUGCUUUUAACAACACUGGAGUGAUCGGUCAAGGAGACAGGGGUGAAGAAGGAAGGGAAAGGCGACCUUUUGGGGGACCUCGUGGCCCUUUCCGUGGUGGUCGCCGUGGUGGUUUCAACAAUGAGGAGGGGAGAGAUGGUGACCGACCAAGAAGAACCUAUGAACGUCGAAGUGGGACUGGACGUGGCCAAGAGGUCAAACGUGAGGGAUUUGGCCGUGGAAACUGGGGUGCUGAAUCAGAAGAAGUUGCUCCUGGUACCGAGGAAGCUGGAGAACAAAAUGAGAAGAAUUUGAACACUGAGAAUCUUCCAGCUGUUGAAGAUGCUGCUGAAGGCAACAAGGAGGGCCAGCCAGAGGAGACUGAAGAAAAGGAACCAGAAGAAAAGGAGAUGACUCUUGAAGAGUAUGAGAAGCUGCUGGAAGAGAAGAGGAAAGCUCUAGUAGCACUCAAGACUGAGGAACGGAAGGUGGAGGUUGACAAAGAUCUCCAGUCCAUGCAACAGCUUUCAAACAAGAAAGAGGACGAAUCAGUUUUCAUUAAAUUGGGUUCUGACAAGGAUAAGAAGAAGGAAUCACUUGAAAAGGAGAAAGUGAAGAAGUCUGUCAGCAUUAACGAGUUUCUGAAGCCUGCUGAUGGGGAGAGAUUCGGAGGUCGCGGCAGGGGACGUGGUCGUGGCUCAAGAGGUGGUGGAUAUGGUGGUGGAGGUAACAGGGUGUAUAAUUCACCUGCUCCAGCUAUUGAAGAUCCUGGGGAGUUUCCCACUUUAGGUGGCAAGUGAAGCCAUAGCUAUGAUCUUUGGUCUUUUUGUGGGCUUUUACUUGUAUGCCCUUUGAUUUUAAGUCUUUUUUGAGUAGGACUUCCAGCUGUGAGUGUCCUGUACCAAAUACAACUUUAAGGAAAAAUUUUAUGUUUUUUCAACUUGUAUAUUUAUUUUCUGUUACCUCUUUCUUUUUUUCUUGUAUUUGAUGUUUGCUUUUAUGGGUCUUAGUUGUUAGAAGGGGGUAUACAGCACGAAAACAAAAGAUCAUUCGCUCAGUUUUGUUAUUGAAAUAGAUUUAGUCUUUUUGGUCCUUCAA